CGCCACGCACUACUUCCCACACUAUAGAACAACGAUUUACGACGACAACCGGCGCAGUGAAGCCUUACCAACCGCUGUGCCGACGAUAAUAACGCCCAUUUGAGUUACUGCGAACGGGUCGUUUCAUCAUUAACCCCGCGCUUUAUUAAUUUAUUACUAGUGCAUCAGCUACGUACGUCAGGAUUUCAUAAUAUCAAUCCGCCAGGUCGUGACCCCCCCGCUACCACCAUCUUAAAAAAAAAAAAAAAAAAAACGUUCACCCUUACAUAAUUUUAAGUAAAUUUUUUCAUUAUUAUUUUAGACUGUUUAUCGUAUGUGUUUUCUGACAAAGCGGAUGUGAAUACUUGUGCAUAAAAUCGAUGUGCAUACGAAAAUAGAUCUUUUUGGUGUGCCUGUUGUCAUGGUAACCACUAAGCGUCAAAACAUGGCGUCUCUGCUGCGUGAGAUACUGUUUGAAACCGCUGCACAAGGUCCGCCUCCCUCUAAAGACUUCUACCAGUUUGUUAUCACACAAAAGGAGGUUAUAUGGAGGUGGUGGAAGAUUUCGGUCCGGUCUGAAUUCAGAGGAGCUCCACCUGGAGAGAUAAAACUGCUCCACAAUGACUUUUUGAAUGAUGCGAGGUUGCAGGAGCAGCUGGCUGCAGUGUUCGGCGCCAGGGUUCUGGACUACACUUUGGCUCUGUGUGGAGGGCAUGUUGACUAUCUGGAACGUUUACCUGACAAGCUGCUCCUUGAAAUCCUUUCCUACAUCUCCUUACAGGACAUUGGCCACCUCAGCCAAACCUCAAGUAGGUUUAGGAAGCUGUGUAACUGAGAGAUCUGGAGGCAGGCUGUGAAGGGUCACUGUGAUAUGAUAACUGAAGACAUGGAGAUGCUGGCGAAUGUCAUGGGAUGGAAGAACAUCUUCUUUAAGUUUUACUAUAAUAAAGAACAUGACAGCACGGCCUAUCCUGCAGAGGAAGAAGAUAAAGCCAAUACUGAAUCUCCAUGAGCUAUUAAAACCACUCUCAGUCAACCAAAAAGACAAUCAUAUGAUCUUAAAGUGUUAAUUAAAUUAUAUAGGUUUUUUUUUUUUUUUUUGCUUGCUGGUAUUGAGAAAAAAGUUUUUGAAAAAUUCUAAUUUAGACAAGUUGUGCUGUGCUAUGACCACCAAAGUAUUAAAUAUUCAAGUGUUAAUUUUAUCUUUUUUAAAUGUAUGUACUCCAUAACUAUUCAUGUAACUCGUAAGUGUUAUGUAUGAGUCACUGUUUCUGUCUGUCACCCGACACCGCUAUGUUUUGUCGCACUCUAAGCG